AUGUUGGAAGUUGGGAUUCGCGUUGUAAGAGGUCCCGAUUGGAAAUGGGGUUUACAAGACGAUGGAGAAGGACAUUGUGGAACGGUUGUGGAAAUAGGUAAAGCAGGAAGCAUAACUUCACCUGAUAAAACGGUUGUUGUCCAAUGGGAUUCCGGGUCUCGAACGAAUUAUCGUAUUGGAUAUCAAAACGCAUAUGACCUAUUAGUUAUUGAUAAUGCUCCUGCGGGUGUCAAGCACCCAAAUAUUAUCUGUGAUGGUUGUAAAAAACACGGUAUGGCGGGUAUACGAUGGAAAUGUGAAACGUGUUUUAAUUAUGACUUGUGCACUCAAUGUUACAUGAUGGACAAACAUGACUUAUGUCAUAAGUUUCAGAGAUUUGAGACUGCUAAUUCAGUAGGAGUUCAAGUGCCACCUAGGAAUAUGGGUGUAAAGGUGCAACUAAAAGGAAUUUUUGUCGGAGCCAAGGUAGUAAGAGGUCCCGAUUGGGAUUGGAACGAUCAGGAUGGGGGCGAAGGAAAAAUGGGAAGGGUUAUAGACAUAAGAGGAUGGGAUAAUGAAUCUGGAAGAUCCGUGGCGAAUGUAGUCUGGAUUUCAGGAAGUACAAAUGUUUAUAGACUUGGCCAUAAAGGCAAAGUAGAUUUAAAAUAUGUUGAAUAUGCUGUCGGUGGUUUUUAUUAUAAGGAUCAUUUACCAAUAUUGGGUAUAAAACAAGAAAAUAUCGCCAGAGCCCCAGGAUCUCCUAGUCAUUUAACUUUUAAUGUCGGGGACAAAGUCAAAGUACUUAUGGAAGCUUCCAAGUUAGAACAAAUGCAAAAAGGUCACGGAGGAUGGAAUGAUAGAAUAAAACAUUGUAUUGGAAAAGUGGGAACAGUUCAUAGAGUUACGGAAAAAGGAGAUAUUAGAGUACAAUAUGAGGGUUGUAAUAAUAGAUGGACCUUUCACCCUGCUGCCUUAACCAAAGUUAAUAUUUUCGCUGUAGGUGACAUAGUUAGGCUUUCAGAUGAUGAAAACAAAGUAAAAGAGUGUCAAAAAGGACAUGGAGAUUGGAUAGAUGCCAUGAAGCCAUCUUUAGGUAAAGUCGGCAAAGUAAACAAAAUUUAUAGGGAUGGAGAUUUGAGAGUUUGUAUCGAUUCCCAGACUUGGACGCUAAAUCCUGCUUGUGUAACUUUAGUUCCUGGUUCUCAAACAGAAAUAAAUAACUCAAUGCAAUCAUCCUCGAAUCAAAGAGAGGAACAUACAAAUCCUUUGGCGUCAUUAUUAUCAAGUUUACAGUUGGUUCAACCGGCAGACACAACAAACAUGGAUAAAUUAGUCAGAGAAGCAGCCCAUGGUCACUUGGAUGUCGUUCAAGACUUCAUUAGAAAAUUUCCGGAUAAAAUAAAUGGAACAUCCAGUGGUAAAACAUGCCUACAAGUUGCUUGCCAUCAGGGGCAUAAAGAAAUUGUUCAAUUCCUUAUUGAAUCAGGUGCCGAUUUACUUAUCGCGGAUCAAGAUGGUGACACGGCUUUGCAUUAUUCUGCUUUUGGCGACCAGGCUGAAGUUAUGGAUAUAUUGUUGAGGCACGGAGCGGAAAUAAAUAGUUUAAAUAGGGGCCUUUGCUCCGCACUUCACAUAGCUGUCAAUAAGCAGCACGUUCAAUGUGUCCGUAAACUUUUACAAUAUAAGUGUAAUGUAAAUAUACAAGAUUCUUAUGGUGACACUGCAUUACAUGAUGCAAUUGGUAAAGAUAAUGUUGAAAUAACGGAUCUUUUGUGUUCUUAUCAAGGAGUGGAUUUCACAUUGAAAAACAAUCGCGGUUUUAACGUUUUACAUCAGGCAGCUUUAAAGGGAAAUAACGUGGCCACGGAAAAACUUUUAUCCAAGACGAGACAACUUGUGGAUGUUAAAAAAGAUGACGGAUUUGCAGCUUUACAUUUGGCAUGUUUAAACGGUCAUAAAAUGGUGGCUGAAACAUUAUUAAUUCAAGGACAGGCGGAUAUUAAUUUACAAAAUAACAGAAAGCAAACAUCACUUCUUUUAGCUGCGUCACAGGGAAGGUGUUCCAUCGUAGAAUUAUUAAUAUCGAUGAAAGCCGACAUUCACGUGGUCGACGAAGACAAAGAGACUGCUUUACAUUUAGUACUUUUAAAAAGGGGUAGCAUUAAUUCGGAAAUUGUCGAGUUGGAAUCCCCGAAAAUUUACGGUAUUCACGCACAAAUUGUCGAUUUGGUUAGCGAACAUUCUAUUGCCAUUGCCAUUGCCUGUUAUUUAGUUCUAGAAGGUUGUUCGUUAACUCUUCAAAACUCGAGAGGGAAAACGCCGUUGGAUUUAGUGGAAGAUAAAUCCGUGCAAGUACUAAUACAAAGUUACGUUACCUUGAAAAAAAUGCGGGAGGAUGCCGCCAUCUUGAAUUCAUCGACCCGAAAUUCAUCGGAAGAAUCAUCAAACGAACAAAGUAAUAAAAAUGAAAAUCACUACUCACCCGUUGAAUGUUCAGUCUGUUCGGAAAUAGCCGAUCAAAACGUUUUGUUCGAACCUUGCGGCCAUAAAAUUGCAUGCGAAGAUUGUGCGAGUCGUGUGAAAAAGUGUUUGAAAUGCGGUUGUCUCAUUUCGAAAAGGAUAUCCGUCGAUGGUAAAAUAAUACCAUGCAAAUCUAGGCAACCCAGUGCCGAUAGGCUUCGUUACCUGGAAACAAAAAUACAAGAAAUCGAAGAAUCUCUCGAUUGUACGAUUUGUAUGGAAAGAAAUAGAAACGUUGCUUUUCUUUGCGGUCAUCGCACGUGCGAAGAAUGUUCUUUAACGUUAAAAGUGUGCCCCAUGUGUAGAAAAACAAUAACGAAAAAGAUUAAUCUGUAUUAA